ACUAGAGUUUAAAGAUGUUUUGUGUAACAAGAGGUUGUGGGGUGGGAUGAAUUAGCGGCAGCCUACGCGAAGUUGCUGCGCUAAGCGGAGAUGGAUUUUUGUGAGCCGAUCGCGUUUUGCAGUUGAUGAAUGGGGAAGUGUGUUCCUAACCUCAAACCAGCACAGUGUUGGUUCGGUGUAUUGACAGCAACGAAUCUCAUCGGUAAUUGUGUGAGUGCUAUGUGUCGUUACGCGACGGGGUACGGUCGGUGUGCUAUGCGAUAUGUAGUGAGCGUGCACCGUGCGGCUAUUGUGGUGAUGGUCGCACCGACGACGUCAACGGCCGAAGUGGAAAAUCUACUUCACAAAUCGGAUUUUGUAUCCAUACCCUCUCGUCAGCGAUCUUUUGCUUUGCAUAACGUGCAGCACACAUAAAUAUAAAAAUAAAUACAGGUAUAUUUUUGCAUUGAAGCCAAGUUAAAUUACAAUCUAAGACAAUUCAGCUAAUUAACGAUCAAACAGCCACAACACAAAUUGGUCGCAAUAGUAGUGGGAACUAUUUGAGCUGCACCAAAAACACCUGCGUAUAAAAAGUCUAGCAAUGCAUAUAAAAAAUUUACAACACGCUCAUGCGGCUUCGGCUGCUAUGGGAGGAAUUGUGAUUGUGUCAUCGUCGACAAAUAAUACCACAAAUAAUGCUAACAAUAACAACAACAAUACCGACAGCAGCAAUAACAAUAAUGAAAACACCCAGGUAACACAUCAUCAGCAGCAGCAACAACAAUCCCAACAACAGCAGCAGCACCAGGCCGCAAGUGCAGCAGAAAUUCCGAUUCCGUUCAAUAUGCAUCUGACUGCAGCUAAUUCAGAAGCUCAUGUUGCAGCGCAAGCGGCAGCUAUGGCUGCAGCACAAGCAGCUGCCGCACAAGCCGCCGCAGCUGAGCAACAGCAAGCGGCAAAUGGUGGCAAUGGAGGAAAUGGAGCUACCACUAUAUUGCAGCAACAUCCUUUAGCGCACCUAGUAGCCACAGCGGCUCAUAGUCCAGCGCUCUCAGAGCACCAAUUUCCGGCGGGGCGCGAAGUGGUAGCCAAUGGACAUAGCGCAGGCAGUAGUGCGAGCGGAGGAGGUGGUGGCGGCAGUGGCGGCGGCAGCGGAAGCAGCAGUGGGGGCGGCCAUGAAAAACCUUUCCUUUGUAGUGUAUGCGAUCGGCGGUUUCGGCAAUUGAGCACACUCACUAAUCACGUGAAAAUACAUACCGGAGAAAAACCAUACAAAUGCAACGUUUGUGAUAAGACCUUCCGUCAAUCGUCCACUCUAACAAAUCACCUUAAGAUACACACUGGUGAAAAGCCGUUUAAUUGCACCUAUUGUCCGAAGAAUUUCCGACAGCUGAGUACACUAACGAACCAUGUGAAAAUCCAUACUGGUGAAAAGCCCUUCGAAUGUGCCGUUUGCAAGAAACAAUUCCGUCAAUCCAGUACUCUCAAUAACCAUAUAAAGAUCCACGUCAUGGACAAGGUGUACGUGCCAGUUAAGAUAAAGACGGAGGAGGAGGAAGGAUGACUAGAGGAUAUGGUGAUCG